CUCUGUGGUGGUGGUGGGAGCCCUGCGGUGGCACCAGGUUCGUGUGAGGGGAGGCGUGGUGGUGGUUGCCCCUGUGGGGGCAACGGGGGGGGCCUUUAUCCCCUUGUGCCUGCUGUGAGCCUGGAGCUGCAGCCGAUGGUUUUGUGGCCUGCCUGCCUCACGUUCCUGUUUGAAACGAGUGUGUAGGGUCUCACAGGGACGUAGCUUGGGUAAGGGAGUUAUGCAGGGGCUUGAAGUGUUUUGAGACAGACAUUUUGAUUAAGAAGGAUCUGGCAUUAUACUAAUACCUGCUCUAGCUGUAAUACCUAUUAUACCUGUAAUACCUAAUAUAAUGGCGUGAUAGUCAGAAAGCUGAGUUGCUAUGAGGUGAGAGUAGUGGAGUUGGCUGUGGAGAUUCUCCAAGGUCAAGGAAGGUGAAUGACACAUGUUUCUACCCAUAAAUAAACAGGAAGUUUUGGAUUUGGGUGCCCUCAUUUCAGCAUCCUUUUAUUAGCUAGCACACAACAAAUCUCUUUUAAGAUAACUUCUGUGUCUUGUAAAAAACAUUGAUACGAAAGGCUAGAUACUCAGUCCCUCAUCCCUACUAAAGCCUUCAACUAUAAGAUGCAAAUAUGUAUCUUCUUUUAUAAGUAACUUUAAUUUUAUUCUUCCUUUUGGUGUAGGAUAAAGCCUGGAACUGAAACAGCAUGUACCAGAUUUGCAGCUGUUAGGCUGAAAAGAUCUAGAUGAAGAUUGAAAAGCAUCCUUGUCCUAGGAAUAUUGUGCACCAAGGAAGGGAAAGAAUGAGUAAAGAGAAUACAGGAGUCAGCACUUCUGCCUACAGACUGUUAGAAUUAAUCUUUAGCUUUAAGCCUCUAGGAAGAAUAGACUGUACCAAUAGUUUAUCAUAAAUGUAUCCUAAUUCAGGAUUCAGAUUAAAGUAGGUUAACCCAACAAGCCACUAAAAUCAAAAGGCAGAAUGGAAAAUUGAUUGUUGAAUUAUGACUGUCACAUCAGCUCCAGUUUAGCAUGGUGACAUCAAGAUAAGUCAGUGUAUACCCUUACAGAAGUUCUUCAGUUUUACAGGACAGUUCUAAUGUUGAGACUCUUGGUUCCUAAGGGUGAAACACAACUGAAUUAAAACCCGCUGGAAGUUUGGUUGGAAAGCGUCCACGGAUGAACUAAAUGGUGCUUUCUUAAAACAAACUGGAAAUUAACUGUUUUGUAGUUCAGAGAAAAGCAUAACUGUGAGAAAAUAUGAAAUCCUACUUGAGGAUGAAAGUGGAAUUGAAGAAGAGAUUUAUAAAACCAGGUAGGCUGCUUGGUAUGAACACUUAUUUACUAAUAAACAGAAUGUGCUUGCAACAUUUGGCUGGUUUACAGAAUCCUCAGAAGUUCUGGAAACCGAUCAAAGCUUUGAUGCGCUGCUGGAUUUCUUUCCCUGUCCCCUACAUAAUACAGAAAAUAACAAUGCUUUUAAAGAGAAGUUGUUUGGAAAACUCGCUGAAAAUUGCAGGUCCUCAGCUCGCUAUGCCAUCAGAAGGUAAAUUGGUCUUCUGAUAUGGAGGCACCAAGGACCGUUGGCUGUGUUCACGGACAAGAUGGUGCUGCUGUCUGAGGUGCUGAAGCUGGAGGGCUGCGAGGAGAUCCCCCACCACACGGGAUGGCCUGCUCCCCUGUCACACAAGGCAAAAGUAGAACCAGAGUGAAUCGGGUGUGGAAAACCUGCAGUCCGCUUUGAUAUAUUUUGAUGAGGGAUCAAACCGGUGAUUAGUUGUGACCAUUGGGCUCCCGGUUACUGUGUUUAAAAAUGGAGACUGCAAAUAGUGUUUAUACCAAUAUAGAAGCAUGACUUGUGAAGAGGGUACAUUUGAAUUUCAUGAUAUUAUUGCUUAAUUGUAGUUCACUGCAUGCUGGAAACUCUGUGGACUGCUUUGGUGCUUCCAAAGAUAAACAUGGAGGCACAUAUGCAGGCUACACUCCUGCAUGCAAAGCUCCUAGACAAUAUUUUUUGUGUAAGCCAUGUUUUGUGAAAGUUUUCUCGUUUAAAUCUGGGCUAAUGCAGAGAGAUGGCACUCUGACUCAUUGGUCUUUACUGUUGUGCAUCCAAUAUGAAAUUUAAAAAGGUAACACUUCAGAAAACUGGAACACAUUCUCUGAAAAUGUUGCUGCUUUACCAUUUUUAUGCAUAGUUAGAAGCUAGAAUUCGCAGGACAUACUUAGCCAUAAGAAGCUAUCCAAGAGAACAAAUGUGGGUGAAUUUAAUUUUUAAAAGCAUGCUUUCUGCUUGCUUCCAUGAGCUAAAAAGUUUAGGGUGAUUAUCUUGAAGGGGUGGUAAUGAAGGUUCCUGAUGAUUGUAAGUGUAAAACUGAUGCAUACAGCAGUUUAGGUGUUGGUAGAAAUAACACAGUCCUGACUCAAAGUAAUUGGCUUUGCCAGAGGACUUUCCUUGAAACUCAUUUCAAUUCCAAGACACACUAGCACUGGGAUUUGAUAACAUCCUCCACUCAGGACUGCACAAGAGCGGGCUGAAAACAAGCUAUUAUGAAAAGGAAUAAACUGAUUGGUCUCUGCAAACUCCAAGCCAUGGAGAUAGUGCUAGAAAGUGUCAUCAUGACGUGGGGGGUUCAGAGCCAAUCAAACUGAGUCUGAGGAAUCUUUGCAAAACUGCUACUUCAAAUGACAGGGCUGGAUAAAAAAAAAUGUGUAUUUUUAUCCUGGGAUAAAACAAUUCAGGUUAGGGGAAAAUGAGUAUGAAGCAGAGAUCAGAUGUUUUUGACAAAGAAUGCUUAAGGAAUGCUCACACAUUACACAUCUGAUGGUGGUGUAUCUAUAUAAUAAGUACUGUGGUUAGCAAUACAUUAACAUAUUAUAGAACAAUAAAUGCAAUGAGUAAAUUUAUUAUGCAUAACUUAUCUGCUCUGUCACAUCACAUCUCUGUUUCUUGUUUAAUGUUCACGUAGCUCAUACUGUUGUAAAAGUUCUUCAUUUUCUGUCUCUCUCUGUUUUUCCUUUUGCUUGCCUCUUCCUUAAAACAAAUCUUCAAAUGAAAAUUCCAUACAAUUUUACCUAGUUUACCUAGCCUGAGUACUAGUAAAUGGAAGAGCAAAGAAUACCUGUUGUUGGUUUUUUUUAAAGAAAAACUAUUCCCCACUAUACUAUUUCAAUAACAUAAAUUUUUUAAUUGAAAAAAAUGCACCAAAAACACAGCAACAAAGCAAAAAUUUUUGAAGGUUGCAAAUUAGGGAUUCCACUGCAGAUGUUACAAUUCUGCUCAGUUACCACAAGAGGGACAUAGAAGGAAAGCUAAUGCAGCUCUGGGAAAAAAAAGAACAGCUUGAUGCAGCUUCAUAGCAACAUACAUUUUCCUUUUGUUUAGGAAGAUCUUCUGGGGUCAUAACAUUUCUAUAGCUUCCUUCAUCCCAUAUAAACCUUAAAAAGCUUUAUAGACCUUAGAAAAUGUGAUAAUAAGCAUUAAUAGCUAAAAUGGAUCUUUUCCCAGAACUUUAUAAUCUUUCCUCAGCUUUUUCCUAUUGGAAUGUCUGUAGUAGUGUCGGGACAGGGAGCGGUUAGGCUGGCUGUAUUUUUGUUCCAUCUCUAUCUAUUGGACCAACAAAUAUUGCAGCAUUUAGUAGGCAUGUGGAGAAGGUUAUGGAGCUAAUUUUGCUUAUUUAAUUUUCACAAAUUAAUGGCUGAUGAUGCAAAUGUCGUAAGAUCAGAGCUCAUAUAAAUGCCUUUAUGAAUUAAGAGGACCAUAAAAUCCCCUUAAGUAAAUAUUGAAGGGUUUAUUGGGCUCUUGUGGAAUUUUAAAAAAAGCACAGUCCUAAUAUGCACUAGAUUUAAAGUAAUGCAACAUGUAUGUUUAAGGAUGUGCAGUCUAUUAAUCCCUAAUAUCAGUAAAUCUGUACUUCCAGCUAUGGUGAGACAGAGGCAUCACUAGUCGGGCAUGCUGCUUUCUGGGAUCUGAACAAUAAUACUGUGAGAAAGGGCUGUUCUGAGUAAGGUGGAAAUAAAGACUUUUUUUUUUUUUUUAAUUACAGCUUUAUGGACUUCAGUCUUAAUGCCUAAAUUUAUAUGACAGGUAUUUUAACAUCACAUUAAAAGUUCUCUGUCACGUGGUACUAGAUUGAACGGUCAUUUUUAAAAAGCCCUUUAAUACACAGAAUGUUUUCACAAGCUAAAAGCAUGUGAGAAAAGUAUUAUUGUGUAAAUGUAAGAAUUUCUCUAAGGUGCCAGAAAUCUUAAGUGCAACAGUAAAUGCAAUCCAACUUUGAUUUCAGGAGUACGAGUAAUAUACUAUAGAAUAUUCACAGAAAAGGGCUAUUACUCAUUAUCAAGGGAAUCUCAAUGCUUUUAUCCUUCAGCAAAUUGUGUAAUAUUUCUGUUUCAACUGAUUUACCUGCAGGUUCAAUUGUGGCUAUAAAAAGUGUUCCUGAAACAAGUCAUGGGUAGGUAACUUAAAACCAUGAAGGAAAAGGAGGAGAAGAUCUUGACAUUUCUUCAGUGAUCUUGAAUGAAGAAGUGUCACGCAGACCAGCAAUUAUCAAGUGGUGCCGUUUGAGAUUCACGUUGCAGAAGCUGCUACAGGUGCCAUAAUGAAAGUGGAGUCUGCUUGAAUUCCUGGACCCUGAGCAAGGCCCAUGGCAACACUAUGAACCCAUCGUGGAGUCUGGAAACUGUGAACUGGGGCUGUUUUUACUAAAAAGUACUACGAUUUUGAUUGUCUCAUCAUUCUAUAUGGACGUAUAUUUCUCCACACAAAGCAAAUCUGAUGUCAGUUGUUUCCGAGGUGACCUCACAAGUGACCUUUGUCCACUCUUCAUUCCAUCAGGGUGCUGGACUGAGCAGUCUGCAAAGUCUGAAUGCCUCUCUCACCUCUUGACAACAGCACCUUCAAACAUAAGCUCGACGGACAUCAACUGUCACUGUUUCAGCAGCCAGAAAUGACGUCCACCCCUCGUCCAGCAUCAGAGAAUAAGAACUUCAGAGGAAGGAAUGCAACUUCAUAAAUAGCAAACCACAGACACUAAUGGGGAGCAGAGGCAAACCUGCAGGUUAAAAAUUCGUUGCAAGAGAAGCCCAUACAUCCACACUGCCUGAAGAUUCAACGAUGAUUUCAGCUCUAGCAUUGGUUUUUCUCCUCUGCCUCUCUUGUCCUUUUUCAUCAUGUCAGCAGAGAAGAGCAGGAGGUGAAUUUGGGCCAGAAAUGCUGGAAGAGAUGAGAGAAACUAACCGUGUGCUAAUGGAAGUUCGAGACUUGUUGAAACAGCAGAUUAAGGAGAUAACAUUCCUGAAGAAUACAGUCAUGGAGUGUGAUGCCUGUGGCAUGCACACGGAGGCGACAGGCCCUGUCAUCACCGUGACACAGUUUAACAGAUGCCUCCCAAACUCCUGCUUCCCUGGAGUGGCCUGCACCGAGACCGGCACUGGCUUCCGCUGCGGACCCUGUCCCCCGGGUUAUUCAGGCAAUGGGUCCCACUGCACAGAUAUCAAUGAGUGCAACGCAAACCCCUGCUUCCCGAAGGUCCAGUGCAUUAACACCACCCCUGGCUUCCGCUGUGAUCCCUGCCCUCCCGGCUUCACUGGGCAAAUGGUUGAAGGCGUUGGACUAGCUUAUGCCAGGGCCAACAAACAGGUUUGUACUGACAUCAACGAAUGCGAGACAGGUGCUGCCAGAAAUUGUGUCCCAAACUCUAUCUGCAUCAAUACACGGGGAUCCUACAAGUGCGGGGCUUGUAAACCUGGCUUUGUUGGGGAUCAAGUCACUGGCUGCAAGAGCCAGACAGUGAGACGCUGUCCUAAUGGUGAAAUUAGUCCAUGCCACGAGAAAGCACAGUGCAUUGUGGAGCGCGACGGGUCCCUCUCCUGCGUGUGCCUCGUGGGGUGGGCAGGGAACGGCUAUGUCUGUGGGAAGGAUACGGACAUUGAUGGAGUCCCUGAUGAGAAGCAACGCUGCUCUGACAAAAAAUGCCGCAAGGAUAACUGCGUGACUGUCCCCAACUCUGGCCAAGAGGAUGCAGACAGGGAUGGAAUUGGAGAUGCUUGUGAUGAUGAUGCUGAUGGAGAUGGGAUAUCAAAUGCUGAGGACAACUGCAUGUACACACGCAACGCAGACCAGCGCAAUGCAGACAAGGAUAACUUUGGUGAUGCCUGUGACAACUGUCGCCAAGUGAAGAACAAUGAUCAGCGGGACAUUGAUGGCGAUGGGAGGGGAGAUGAGUGUGACGAUGACAUGGACGGAGAUGGGAUCAAAAACACAAUGGACAACUGUAAAAGAGUUCCUAACUCUGAUCAAAAAGAUAGCGAUGGUGAUGGCGUAGGAGAUGUGUGUGACAGCUGCCCAACAGUCAGUAACCCAGACCAGAAAGAUACUGAUCAUGAUCUAGUGGGAGAUGUCUGUGACACCAAUCAGGACAGUGAUGGGGAUGGCCACCAAGAUACACGGGAUAACUGCCCAUCAGUGCCCAACAGCUCCCAGCUGGACACAGACAAUGACGGGCUGGGAGAUGAAUGCGAUGAUGAUGACGAUGAUGAUGGGAUUCCAGAUGAGAAACCUCCAGGCCCCGACAACUGUCGGCUUGUCCCUAACCCUGGCCAAGAAGACUCAGACGGUGAUGGUGUGGGAAACCUUUGUGAAGAUGACUUUGACAGAGACACGGUGAUUGACAGAAUUGAUGUGUGCCCAGAGAACGCAGAAGUGACACUAACAGACUUCAGGGCUUUCCAGACGGUUGUACUGGACCCUGAGGGCGAUGCACAGAUUGACCCCAACUGGAUUGUCCUCAACCAGGGCAUGGAAAUUGUCCAGACCAUGAACAGCGAUCCUGGCCUGGCUGUAGGUUACACGGCAUUCAAUGGAGUGGACUUUGAGGGCACAUUCCAUGUCAACACUGCCACAGAUGAUGAUUAUGCUGGCUUCAUAUUUGGCUACCAGGACAGUUCCAGCUUUUAUGUGGUCAUGUGGAAGCAGAUGGAACAGACAUAUUGGCAGGCAAACCCCUUCCGAGCAGUAGCAGAACCUGGAAUUCAACUUAAGGCAGUGAAAUCUAAAACAGGCCCAGGUGAGUAUCUCCGCAAUUCUCUCUGGCACACCGGAGACACCACAGACCAGGUCAAACUGCUGUGGAAAGACCCUCGCAAUUCUGGCUGGAAGGACAAGACAUCUUACCGCUGGUUCCUGCAACAUCGGCCUCAAGUUGGAUACAUCAGAGCUCGCUUCUAUGAAGGCCCUGAAGUAGUAGCAGACACUGGAGUUGUCCUUGAUACAACUAUGCGAGGAGGACGCCUGGGAGUCUUCUGCUUCUCCCAAGAGAACAUUAUCUGGUCAAACCUGCGUUAUCGCUGCAACGACACCAUUCCAGAAGACUAUGAAACGUUUAGAGUUCAGCAAGACUAACGUCUGAGUUAAACAUCUGUCCAGCCAAACUUGCUUUAAAAAUCGUGCUCGGCUGCCCCACUAUUGCGCUGGUAUACUGUAUAAAGAACUGUAAGUAACGUACCACUGCACUCUGCACAGCACCAAGUGUCAAUGCAUUAUCUGGCAUCUUUUCUACAACAGCAACUUUCUUUAAACGCUAUGAAAACCCCUUGGAACGGCAGAGAUGUAGACAGCAAGUGUGAAUAGAAGCCUGUAAACACUAGUUCUCUAUGCUACCUGGAAAAAGAUGUGCUGAGAAGCUACCUGCAGUAGCUGGAAUUGUUUGAGUAAGUUUAGCGUGGAUGAUUCCCAGGAAUCUUUUCCCUACUCAAAGGCUCUCAAGUGUGAAUGUUGUUCUCCUUUUCAAGACCUACUGCAAAGCAAACCCAGCACUAGUCUGAAAAGGACACAGAGAGCAGCCUAUGUACAAGUUGCUCACAAAACAUUAAAAAAAGCACUUUAAGGAGAGUAUCUUUGUUCUGGAAUGUUGGAUAAUAAAUACUUGGAAUGUUGGAUAAUAAAUACUAGACUUCUCCUUG